AAGAAGAGGAGAGAGGGACUGGGAAACAAAAAUAGAGUUGAGGGAAAAAAGAAAAAGGCGCCUUUCUAAAACCAAAAAUUUAAUUUUCUCUUGUCCAUGCAACGAUAGAUACUAAAAUUUGCUGUGUCGUUUAGUUGUUAAAAACUAGCUGAUUCACGUCAACUGUGCUUCUGGAGUGAUCAGUUGAUCACUGCUACAGUAAUACUCUUCUUUAACCAUUUGCAGAGCAACCUGAACGCUGUUCUUUUUUUUUUUUUUUGGAUGGGAGAUACGGAGAGUUGCAGUAGCAGAGCAGUGGACUUUGUACCGCGUCAGAGUCGAAGCUGGAGGCAAAAGGUUGAGGUAUACAACCAAGUCCUUCGUCGACUCAAGGACUCGAAUGAGGAAGAGGCCUUGCUUCCUGGCUUUGAAGACGAGCUAUGGGCUCAUUUUUGUAGACUUCCAACUAGGUACGCACUGGAUGUGAAUGCGGAGAGGGCACAGGAUGUACUUAUGCAUAAAAGAUUACUUAAACAGGCACAUGAUCCUGUUACUAGGCCUGCAGUUGGAGUCCGCCUUGUGCAGGUUCGUUCUAUCUGUGAUGAUUGUGUUGACUCAAUUCAUUCACAACACUCAAGAAAAGUGGAACUUCAAUGCUCUAAUCAUCUGAGCAAGCAGAGCAUUCUUCCACCACCACCAGCCUUUGGUUCAUUGCCUGAGCUUGAACAUGUAUGUGAAGCUCGGGAUAAGGAUGCCACCAUGAUUGCCAGUCCAGUUUAUACUCGGCUGAUGCAUGAAAUUACAAUUUCGACUAAUGAUAAACCAAAACUUCUAAGUCAGUUGACUUCCUUGCUGUCUGAGAUUGGUUUGAACAUUACAGAAGCACAUGCUUUUUCCACAAUAGAUGGCUACUCCUUGGAUGUGUUUGUUGUUGAUAAUUGGGCACAUCAGGAGAUUGAGCAGCUGGGGAAUGUGCUGCUAAGGGAAAUUCAAAAAUUUGAGAAGAGUACUCUCUCGAAAUCCAAUGUCAUCUAUCCUGUUCUGGAGCAAGAGCAGAAGGGGAUGAUCAAUUUUAUCUCUAAUCAUGUCAUUGUACCUGCUGACCAAACAGAUGUCUGGGAAAUUGACGUGGGCCUGCUGAAAUAUGAAAACAAAAUUGCAUCAGGAUCCUAUGGAGAUCUGUAUAAGGGUACAUUUUGUAGUCAAGAUGUUGCUAUUAAAGUUUUUAGGACUGAGCAUCUAAAUGAUAAAUUGAGAAGGGAAUUCGCUCAAGAAAUCUUUAUCAUGAGGAGAGUUCGGCACAAAAAUGUUGUUCAAUUUAUUGGUGCAUGUACCAGACCUCCAAGCCUGUGCAUUGUGACAGAAUUUAUGCAUGGUGGAAGCAUGUUUGACUUCCUGCAUAAGCAAAAGCAAAGUUUUAAUUUCCAGUCCUUACUCAGAGUAGCAAUUGACGUUUCCAAAGGAAUGAACUACUUGCACCGGAAUAAUAUAAUACACAGAGACCUGAAAGCUGCCAAUCUCUUGAUGGAUGAAAAUGGAGUUGUGAAGCUUGCUGAUUUUGGAAUUGCUAGAGUGCAAGAUCAGUCUGGCGUGAUGACAGCUGAAACUGGAACGUAUCGCUGGAUGGCUCCAGAGGUUGCUUCAUCCCAGCUCUCUAAUGCCUGUAACCUGUUUAUUUGGUGUUUGAUGCAUAUAAAGGUUAUUGAGCAUAAGCCGUAUGAUCAUAAAGUUGAUGUUUUCAGCUUCAGCGUUGUGCUGUGGGAGCUGCUUACAGGAAAGCUUCCAUAUGAGCACUUAACUCCAUUACAAGCAGCAGUUGGUGUAGUCCAGCAGGGUCUGAGGCCUUCAAUCCCAAAGCAUACUCAUUACAAAUUGGUGGAACUUCUGGAGAGAUGCUGGCAGCAAGAACCGUCUUUGAGACCUGAAUUCUCUGAAAUUUUAGAACUGCUACAUCAGUUGGCCAGGAUGGUAGCAGAGGAAAAGGAAGACAGGAAGGAACAUAAAUCAUCUAGAAGAGCUGUAAAAGCAAUGAGGCGGGGAAGACAUUGAAGCAAUAGGAAGUAGGAAUGUUGUAUAUGAGAUUGCAAAGCUUUCCGUUCAACAUUUUGAUAAGGUCCAUUUAGAAGUCUGUUCUUGAGAAACUACAAUGUAAACACUAUACGCAUAUAUAGACCAUAACUAAGCCCUUAUGUCACCUACUGUUGAAGUGGAAUUAUUAGUUGCACAGUUGCUGACCAAACAGCUUAGCUUAGUCAAAUCAGUUGUAAUAUCAGUCGGAUACAGAAAUGGGAAGCCAGAGAAUUAAGAGUUUUAUGUUUCUCCUUUCUA